UUCCCUCCGUCGUUCUCUCUCAAACUCCCAACGCCGCCGCCGCCGCCACCACUUAUCUCCUCUCGUUGCUUUCGUUCGAUUGCGUCCUUCACCGUCAUCGUCGUUGCCGUCUGGUUCUCUCGCGCAAGUAGCGGAAGGAUUACGGCGAAGAGGAGAGAGCGAUGAGGGAAGAAGUAGAGGUAGAUGAAGAGCCCAAAUGCUUCGCUCGCUGGGAUUGGGAGGAGCAGCUCCCGUCGCCCCACGAGCUCAUGCCCCUCUCCCAAGCUCUCAUCACCCCUGAUCUCGCCCUCGCCUUCGGAAUCCCCUCUUCCUCCUCCGCUCCCACCACCGGCGCCGACCCGGCGCCGGAUGAUCUCCUCCGCGGCCCCCACUCCUCCGACCUCAACGGAGGCCGUGGGGAGGAGGAGCCGGCGAGGACGUUGAAGCGGCCGCGGCUGGUUUGGACGCCGCAGCUCCACAAGCGGUUCGUGGACGCCGUCGCCCACCUCGGCAUCAAUAACGCCGUCCCCAAGACCAUCAUGCAGCUCAUGGGCGUCGACGGCCUCACCCGCGAGAACGUCGCCAGCCACCUCCAGAAGUACCGCCUCUACCUCAAGCGCAUGCAGAUGCAGGGUCUCAACCCCUCCUCCCCCUCCUCGGCCCCACAACCUUUCCUGGGACGGAUGCCGGUGGCCGCGCUGCAGCACCACCAGCAGAACACGGCGCCCGUGCAGCUGCAGCAGCAGCAUCAGUACUACCAUCAGACGCAUUUGGGACAUUUUCCGGGCAGUGGCCCGGGGUUCUUGACUCGAAACAUGCAGCCGCCUCCGGUGACGCAUCGGACGAUGGGACUGGUGCCCGGAAUGGGGUCGGCGCCAGUGCCACCGCAUUCAACCGCCGCCGCUUAUUUGAAUACUUCGGAGUGGAGCGGGAGGGGAGAAAGUGGUGCAAGGAGGAAGGAGCUAACGCUCUUCCCUACAGGAGAGGACUGAUCCUGGUAUUCUCCUUCCCCAUGGUUACUCUAUUCACCAUGUCCAGUCUAAUGUCUCAGGGGAAAGUACGUGCAUCUUCCCUGUUCUUUGAUUUAGCAGACAGCUAUCUUCUUGUUGUUCUUGUUGUUGUCACUUCUGAUCACUAGUGUUAGAGUCAGUGGAGGAAGGGAGAAGAAUGGCAUCACAUCUGGUAAUUUGCAUUUGUUUC